CAAACCCCUUCGACUAAAACUCCGUCACGGACGGGGCGGCAGACCAACCGACGCGGCCACGCUAACCUCCCGGACGGAGCCGGAGGCGGGCCCCAGCCCUAACCGGCGGCCAUGGGAGGAGCCUCCAGCCUCAAGCGCCUCGCCCUCCCUGCCGCUGUCCUCCUCCUCCUCCUCGCCGCCUACCGGCCCUUCCUCCCGGGCCUCCUGGAGGCGCCCUUCCGCGCCCCCGUCCUCCCGCGCGACCUCCUCCCCCUCCUGCCCUGGCCGGUGGCGCAGCCGCUGCUCCGCCGCCUCGCGCUGCGCGGCGCUGCCGACCUCCUCCCGGCCUUCGUCGGCGUCGCGCGGGAGCCAAGUGAUGGCGACGCCCCCGCCGCCGGUUGGAAGGGCGCCUGCUUCUACGAGAACCGGGCGUGGAUGGAGUUCCACAACGGGACCGAGGGCGGCCUUGGUGGUGGUACGCUCCAUCUCGAGACAAACAAAGCUCACAGCUGGACCUGCAUAGACCUAUAUGUGUUUGCAACACCAUACCGUGUUACCUGGGAUUACUACUUUGUCGGUCGAGAACAUACCCUUGAUUUCAAAGAAUGGGAAAGCGAGGCUGAGUAUGAAUACGUAAAACGCAAAGGAGUAUCCAUCUUCCUCAUGCCAUCUGGAACGAUUGGAACACUUAGAGCACUCUGGGAUGUUUUCCCCCUGUUUACAAACACUCAAUGGGGUGAGAAUGCAAAUCUUGCAUUUCUAAAGAAGCAUAUGGGUGCAACCUUCGAGGAACGUCCAAAACCUUGGGUGUCAGAAUUAAAUCCUGAUGAUAUCCACUCUGGAGAUUUUUUGGUUUUAUCAAAAAUUCGUGGUCGUUGGGGUGGUUUUGAAACCCUAGAAAAGUGGGUUACUGGAGCUUAUGCUGGCCAUACCGCAGUUUGCCUCAGGGACUCUGAAGGAAAGCUUUGGGUUGGGGAAUCUGGUCAUGAGAAUGAACAGGGAGAAGAUAUUAUUGCUAUCUUGUCAUGGGAAGAAUGGUGGGACUUUGAAGUAACAAAGGAUGAUUCGAACCCUCAGAUUGCGUUGUUACCUUUGCAUCCAGAUUUGCGUGCAAAAUUUAACGAGACAGCAGCUUGGGAAUAUGCAAAAAGCAUGGAUGGGAAACCUUAUGGGUACCACAAUAUGAUUUUUAGUUGGAUCGAUACCAUAAGUGAUAACUAUCCACCGCCGUUAGAUGCUCAUGUGGUUGCUUCUGUUAUGACUAUGUGGAACAAACUUCAACCGGAGUAUGCUGCUAACAUGUGGGAAGAAGCCCUUAACAAACGGCUUGGAACUAAGGGUCUUGACCUACCUGAAAUUAUAGUGGAAUCAGAGAAGCGUGGGACAACAUUUGACAAAUUGCUAACAAUUCCUGAGCAAGAUAAAUGGGUCUAUACUGAUGGUCAGUCCGCAUCAUGUGUGGCUUAUGUCCUUAUGAUGUACAAAGAUGCUGGACUCUUUGACCCAAUUUCCAACUCUAUAGAAGUUACUGAAUUCACUAUAAAAGAUGCUUACAGUCUCAAUUUUUUUGAGGACAACAUGACACGGCUUCCAGUUUGGUGCAACAAAGAUGACAGUGUUGAACUUCCCUUUUGCCAAAUAAAGGGCAGAUAUCGAAUGGAGCUGCCUGGAUAUAACACCAUGCAACCAUAUGCUCACAUGAAUGAAAAAUGUCCUUCUCUACCUCCGAACUAUAACAGGCCAGAAAACUGCUGAUCUGUUAUAUACCAUGCCAUGCAUUCUCUUUGAUUUAUGCUGGUUUUUAGUUUGCACUUUAGCUGUAUAUAUUGCUUUAGGUAUGCUAUUUAUUCUUUUUUUUUUGUUAUUACGCAAGUCAUGUCAACUUCCGCAAAUAAGGAAGAUGGUGAUUGACACAUACAUGUAGAAAAUUUAUGUUCGUUGUUGUAUUGAAAAUUUGAAAAUGUAAACGAAAGCGUGAUGCUACCUAAUGAAUGGUUUGAGACCUGAGCCAUCCCCUA